AUGGAGGUGACGACCGGUUUUGGUAAAGAGGUUCACAUGAACAAAGGAACCGAACAAACACAAGAGAAACACCUAACUUGGACAGCGAACAGUUCGAUACGUGUUAGGGAAGGAUAUCGUGUGACCGCAUCUCUAGAAGUACAGGAAGAGAGUUUUACAGCUGAUUUUAAUAUGAAGGUUCGGAUCAGCGGUCGGGCGCUCGUCGUUUUGACGAAUAUGCGAGAUAACAACAGUUUUCUCUAUUCUGUAGAAGGUGACAUUACCCAAAUUCUGUACGAUAAAUUAGUAGUCUCUCUUUCUCUCUCUCUCUAUCUCCUCUCUUUCUCCCUCUGUCUCUCGCUCUCUGUCCCUCUAUCUCACACUAUCUCUCCCUCUGUCUUUCUCCCCCUCACCCCCUCUCUCUCUUUUAGGAUCUCUCUCUCUCUCCAUUUCCUCUCUGUCUCACGCUCUCUCUCCCUCUAUCUCAUACUCUCUCUCUCUUUCUCCCCCUCACUCCCUCUAUCUCUCUCUUUCUAUUCUACAGAGAUAUGUUUGGCUUUGUUGGCUCUAAAUUUAUUUGCUGCAAUUGACGCUGGCUAUCCAAUAAAUGUUCGUCUUAUCGGACAAAAGGACAGAGGAAGGGUUGAGGUGUUUUACAAAAACUCUUGGGGAACCAUUUGUGACAAUUACUGGGAUGAUGCAGGAGCCAUGGUGGUAUGUCACAAUCUUGGAUACACAAAUGGACGAGCUUUAGACGGCAAAGAAUUGUCGAAUCCCGGUACGGGAACGAUUUGGAUGGAUGAAAUAAAAUGCGCAGGCGAUGAAAGUUCAUUGGCAGACUGCGCUCAUCAACCCUGGGGUAUCAAUGAUUGUGAUCACUCCCAAGAUGCAGGUGCUGAAUGCUACAAUCCUUACCCAGUGGAUCUUCGUCUUGGAAAUGGAGGAAUCGUCUUAGUGGAUUUCUUAGGCAAAUGGGGUACGGUAUGUGACGACUCUUGGGGUGAUUCUGAUGCUCUAGUGGCGUGUCGAAUGCUGGGUUACAGGCAAGGCACUGCUAUACAAAGUGCUGCACUCUCGGAUAGCACAAAGAAGAUAUGGCUGGACCGUGUCGAAUGCAACGGUAAUGAGAUCAACAUUGCAGAUUGCAUUCACUAUCCAUGGGAUACAACCACGUGCAGUCGAGGACAAGAAGCAAGAGCCCAGUGUUCAAAUCCCUAUCCAGUUGAUGCUCGAAUAUUUGGUGGCACGCAACGUGGAAGAGCCGAGGUGGAAUACAACAAUGUGUGGGGAACCAUUUGCGCGCACGGAUGGGACAAAAACGCAGCCACAGUGUUCUGCAGAAUGAACGGCUACAGUGUAGGAAAUGUGAUCCCGUCGACCAUCACACCACAUGGUAGUGGUCAGAUUUGGUUGGAUGGUUUGCAGUGUAAUGGGUCAGAGGUUUCAAUAUUACAAUGCGGCCAUUCCCGCUGGGGUGUCCAUAGAUGCUACCAUAAAGUUGACGCCGGUGUAGAAUGUACAGAACCUUUCAAGAUUUCCGUUAGACUUUCAGAGAAUUCGACAGGCCGAGUCGAGGUGUUGUUCAACAACGAAUGGGGAUCAGUAUGUGACAACAGUUGGGAUGACAAAGCUUCAGCUGUUGUCUGUCAGAUGCUUGGCUUCAGACGUCAGAAUGUGAAAUAUGGUUCUGGGCGUUUCUGGUUGGAUAAUGUCCGUUGUCAAGGAUCUGAAUCCAGCAUUAGUGAAUGCAAACAUCGAUCCUGGGGCACCCACGACUGUUACCCAGGACAGGAAGCCGGAGCCGAAUGCUUCAAUCCGUACAAAGAAUUGGUGAGACUUGUUGACGGAAACGGAGUAAACAGUGGUCGCGUCGAAGUUUUGCACAAUAGCAUUUGGGGAACAAUAUGCGAUGAUUAUUGGAAUGAUAAAGCAGCUACAGUUGUUUGUAAAUCACUUGGAUAUAAGAAGGGUAAGGCGUUACUUGGAAAGAAAACUAAAGAUGGUACUGGUAAAAAGUGGCUGGAUGAUGUAAAAUGUCGUGGAAAUGAAAAGUCGUUGCUUGAGUGCACCCAUAAACCAUGGGGAGUCACGAAUUGUGGACACAAUGAAGAUGCAGGCGCAGAAUGUAUAGGACGAAUAACUUUAUGA